AUGGCAAAGCGCACGCUAGACGCAUUCUUCAAACCAGCCGCGGAGACAUUAUCCAAAAAGGCCAAAACCAACCCUAAAACCACUCCAGAACCCACAGGACCACCCGACAACCACCCCAGCUACCCAAUCCCAAUCCCACCACUCCUCUCCCACAUCACCGUCAGCUUAGAACAUGGAACGCCCGCGCGGGAGGGCCGCUCAAUAACCAACCAACCCGACCUCGACCUACUCUACUUCCAACCAUACAUCACGCGAACAACGGCAAACGAGCUAUUCAAAUUCCUCCGCCGAGAACUCCCCUUCUACCGAGUCCAAUACAACAUCAAGCGAAACGGGACCGACACAUCGAUCAACACACCACGCUACACGACGGUAUUCGGAGUUGACGAAACAGCCCUGUUCGCAGCACGCUCCGAAGUGAAAGACGACGACGACGACGACGAAGACUCUAGAACCCAAGUCGAGUCGAAAUCAAGCACAGAGGACCUCGUGCUCGUGAACGCAUCCAGCAAAACCCGAGUAUCACCGUCCAGAUACCAAUACACGCCGCGACCCAUCCCAAGUUGUCUGGACACGCUGCGCAAGCAAGUGGAAGUAGCAACGGGCGCCAAGUACAAUUUCUGUCUUGUGAAUUACUACGCAAGUGGCGAAGACAGUAUCGCGUUCCAUUCGGACGACGAGCGAUUCCUAGGGAGUGAGCCGUGCAUUGCAUCGCUGAGCCUGGGCGGGGAACGGGACUUCCUGAUGAAGCAUAAACCUGAACCCGGUGGAGGGUCAGGUGUGACACGGUCCAACGGCGCACAGACGGGGCAGAUGAAGAUGCCGCUGGGGUCGGGUGACAUGGUGAUAAUGCGGGGACCGACGCAGGCGAGUUGGCUGCACAGCAUACCGAAGCGGAAAGGUCGCGAUGCAGUGCGGGGACGGAUUAAUAUCACGUUUCGACGGGCUACCAUUCCCGCGGGGACGAACAACUAUUAUAACUAUAAUGUAGGGUGCGGACCGGAUUAUCGAUGGGAUGACAGGAGACAGGAGAUGGUGAAGCAAGAGGAUAAGGGAGAUAUAGUACGUACAUGUCGUUUUUAA